AUGGCGUCCGUGAUCGGCUCAGAAGUAGAGAUUCAGGAGGUGGAAGUGGAGUCCAUUCCGGUGGAAAUGCCUAUCGAGACGGUGGAGACUAGCGACGACACAGUGGAGGUACAGCCGAUGAUUGCGUUGCAACCAUUACCCGAACCAGCUCAAGAGGAAAUAGUUUUGCAGACCCGUGAGGAGGUGGUCGGCGAUCCGAACCUCGUGUAUGCCGAUACCAUCCCUGUACCAGCACCAGAAAUUGAAAUAUCCACCGAGGAAGCAACCACCACAAGAAAGGGCAAAGGCGGAAAAAGACGAGCUAACAAAUCGAAGAAUGCCAUUUCCACGUCAGUUGUUGGUGGAGAUCUAACAUUCGACGGUAAUUCGGCUACUAAGAAAUGGGAACAAAAACAGGUUCAAAUCAAAACGUUAGAAGGCGAAUUCUCAGUGACAAUGUGGGCUACAGGUUCAGAUGAUAAGUCUAAAUUGGAAGACGAAAGCGUGUCCAGUGUUUCUGAAACAGAUGCUGACUUCACUGAAUACAUGACUGGCAAAAAACUUCCUCCCGGCGGUAUACCAGGUCUUGAUUUAAGUGAUCCCAAACAGUUGGCAGAGUUUGCACGUAACACCUCUACAGUGCGUGCGAGGAAAGAAAAACGUGACCUGGCGGUUGACCUGGAUGGGCUUUACCAUUCGCGCCUUUCUGGAAUAAAACCACGAAAACCUGCUGAUGAUGUCCCCAGAACAGUUCCAUGCCCACACAAGGGUUGUAAUAAAAUGUUUAGAGACAAUUCCGCUAUGAGAAAGCAUCUUCACACUCAUGGCCCACGUGUACAUGUAUGUGCAGAGUGUGGUAAGGCAUUUGUUGAAAGCUCCAAACUGAAGCGACAUCAGUUAGUUCAUACUGGUGAAAAGCCAUUCCAGUGCACAUUUGAAGGAUGUGGUAAGCGGUUCUCUUUGGACUUCAACUUGAGGACACACGUGCGGAUACAUACUGGAGAUAGGCCAUAUGUUUGCCCUUUUGAUGGCUGCAACAAGAAAUUUGCUCAGUCUACAAAUCUGAAAUCUCACAUCCUAACACAUGCAAAGGCAAAAACGAGAUGUGCAGAUGAACUGAAUUUAAUGCAGGGGAUUGGCAUUUGCAUCCACGGUGCUCACGUCGGCAAGCCCGAGACACCACAAGCCCCUGAACCUAAUGGUCUCUUAACACAAGAUGCUUACUGCUGGACAAUUCUGUAUAUUGUGAAGAAGAAGCGGAUGAAUGUUAGCAGCCUUUCUUUCCUGGAAAUAUGCAAACUCCAAAUUCAAAAUACUGUGCUCAGACUGAUGGAUAUGUGA